AUGAGAACCAAACAAACUGCCAGGCGAGCCCCUCCUUUUAACUAUUCACCACCACGGUUCCGCAACCCAUCACCACCACCAUCUUCAUCAUUACCUUUAAACUUGAAACCCCUAAGAACACUCUUCCCACCUCAUUAUGGUCAACCACCACCAAAUCCAACUCAAACACCACCACAUCUCAAACCAAAAUCGAAAAGGAUGAAACCUUCCUUCUCUGCACCUCCUCGCCGCUCUCAAAGAUUAAAGGAAAACUUUGCAACUCAGAAAACUCAAAGCAAUGUUGAAAAAAUCCACAUUGAUAUCGAAUCAACUGAUGAAGAAGAAAGUGACAAGGAAGAAACUGAUGUUCCUCCGUCCUCAAAAUCUUACUCAAAUCCUUCCUCAAGUGAGGAAACCAAGUCAAACUCUUCCAUUCCUCUUCAAUCACAGUCUAAGAAAGGAAAAGAGAAAGUUGUUGAGACUACUUCAAAAAACAGAGCUAAAAAGGAAAAAUCUGUGAAUGCUAUGUUUCAAGAUGAAACACCAAUGUACUCAUCAGAAGCUGAAGAAAAGAUUUUUCAAGAAAAAUGGAGAACCAAGCCAAUAGCACCAGGACGGUUUUUCAAUUUUGAAGCUCUUCAAUCACAUCCUCUUGAGAUAAAAGCCUACACUGACUUUCAAGGUUGGUCAUCUUUUCUAUCUCUUAAAGAAAUCUAUUACCCUAGGUUAGUUCAAGCCUUUUACUUUAAGGCUAAGUGUGAUCGUGAAAAUUGCACCAUUAAAACCACUGUUAAGGGAGUAGAAUUUGAACUUAACCCUGAUGUUAUUGCUGAUGUCUUUAAAAUCCCAAAUGAUGGAUUUAUGUCUUAUGGAAGAAACUGGUAUAGCCUAGCUAAAACCACAUUUGAAGAAGUUAGAAUCCCUAUUUUCACUUUAGAAUCUCCAAAAGACUCUCGCAAAACCUCUGACCUAAACUUUUUAUCCAAAGUUUUUCAUAUCAUAACUCAAGGAAGUGUUUUGCCAAGACAAGGAAAAUAUGCUGAGCUAGAUGAUAAUGAACUCAUGGUCAUUCAUCACCUGUUUGAAAGGAAAAAGCUAAACCUUCCAUUCCUAAUGAUCAAUUUUAUGAUGGAUAUAGCUAAUAGGAAUAACAAAAAAUUCUGUGUCUCGUAUGGCAUGGCUUUAACCAAAAUCUUUGAUCAUUUCAAAGUACCUUUUGAGGGGGAAAUUGCUGAAACUGAACACAAGAAGUUUUCCUUAAAAAACCUCAAACACUUCAAGAAUGAACCUAUCUCCCAAGCUCCUGUAAAAGUUUACACACUAGUGCAAAAAACACUUUUUAAAUCGGUUCUGAGAGGCUUUUUAAAUCGGUUCCGGGACCGAUUUAAAUUCCGUCGAUUUAGUAAGUUUUUCAUUUUUAAAUCGGGUUUCGAACCGAUUUAA